AUGGCAGAUUAUCUCCAAUGCCUGGAAAUGCCAUCCCUCUCUGAUACCGCAUUCUCCAACUCCACUUGUGCUUCCGCGUGUCGGCCGGUAGGGGGCGCUGCCGACUGUGAAGUGCAGCGCGGACGCCAUCUUGAGGAGACCCCUGCCGCUGUGUGGAAGCCCCAUGGCCGGCUGAAGUCUCGCCUUUCGCGGCCUGCUCUCUCUGGAGGAGGAAGGGUGGUGACUGCACAACAUGCUUCACCGCUGAUCGCCACUGCUUACAGCCCCAGAGACAUGUCAUCCAACUGCACCAACGCUGCCGCAGCCGUCAGCGCCAGCAAAACCAAGACUAAAAAGAAGCAUUUUAUAGGACAGAAAGUCAAACUAUUCCGUGCAAGCGAGCCUAUUCUCAGCGUUUUAAUGUGGGGAGUCAACCAUACGAUCAACGAGUUAAGUAAUGUGCCUGUACCAGUAAUGUUGAUGCCAGACGACUUUAAAGCCUACAGUAAGAUCAAAGUGGACAACCACCUUUUUAACAAAGAAAAUCUUCCUAGUCGCUUUAAGUUCAAAGAAUACUGCCCCAUGGUCUUCAGAAACCUGAGGGAGCGCUUCAGCAUCGACGACCAGGACUACCAGAACUCUCUAACGAGGAGCGCACCCCUGAACAGCGACUCGCAGGGGCGCUUCGGCAACCGCUUCCUGUCCAGCUACGACCAUCGCUUUGUAAUCAAAACUGUGUCCAGCGAGGACAUCGCAGAGAUGCACAACAUCCUCAAGAAAUACCACCAGUUCAUCGUGGAGUGUCACGGAAACACGCUGCUGCCUCAGUUCUUGGGCAUGUACCGGCUCACCGUGGACGGAGUGGAGACUUACAUGGUCGUCACCAGGAAUGUAUUCAGCCAUCGCCUCAGCGUGCACCGCAAAUACGACCUGAAGGGAUCUACGGUCUCCAGGGAAGCCAGUGACAAGGAGAAGGUGCGUUUCUUUUGGUGUGUUGACAGCUGGUGGUAUGAGGUGACGAAAAUAAAUGCCCCCAGCUCAACCCUGUAA